UUUCAAUUUAAACUUAUACACUCUUUUUAAUUGCACACAUAAGAAAGAACUAAAUUUGCAUCAUUGCUUCAUUGUUUUAUAAUAAACAAAUGAACCUCCAGUUAAUAACUGCAACAAAUAUAGUGAUUAAUUUAAAAGAAACACUUAAAUAAUUUAUAAACACAUAAUAAAUCUAUUGCGAAGAAGUUUUUGAAGAUUCCUUUGAAGUAAUUAACAAAUUUCUUCGGUGGUUUGGUGAUUUUUUAAUAUUCCUUCGGGUCGAUUCGACGAUACUGAGCAGACGUUGAUGCAAGAGCAGUGUGGAAAUCCAUUUAAGUAUAUUGGAUCAGCUUAGAGGCUGAACGUGAGCCCACGGGAGGUCCCCCUUAAAAACUCCAAUAUUCCUCUAGAUCGGUUUUUUCCACGACAACAAGUUCUUUACUGUUGAAUUAAUUAGGAUUUCUAAUUUUUAAUUAGAAGAAGGUCUCAUCUUUCUAAAAAUUUCACCCUGUCGCAUAUUUUAUGAAGUCCUGUUAAUUUUAUAUUUUCAAAAAAUAUUCUCCACCAAAUCGUUUCUCAUGGGACUUUUACUCUCAAAUUAGACUGGUAACAUCCUAGAAUAAUCAGGAACUUUGAAACGCCACCUGCUUUGCUUCUAGAGGGCUCGGCUCUGUUCGUCAAUGCUCGGAUACUUUCGUUACAUUAGCGUAGUCAAUUCCAAGUUUAUUCAUAUCAGUACUAUUAUUAUUAUUUUUACGUAAACUGUAGAAAGAUAAGAUAGAAUUUAUCUGUUCGGGUAAUUGAAGUUCUACUGCACCUCAGUUCCGUGUUUCCGCGAUCGCUAUGCACCUGCAAAGACCUUUUUGCAUUAAUCGACACAAUUCGAAGUUGUCCUAUCCCCUUUUACAGACGCUUCCUGCUCCGCAACUAUCCUGGAAUGUCGAUACACGGUUCGUCUUACGGUUCUUGCGAAAUUACCCAGCACGACGACGUAAUAAUCGUUCCAUUUCCUGGACAACCUCACGCGAAUGCAGGAGAAUCUUUCUGUACAGGCUGUCUCUAAAGAUGUGCAGAUAAAACUGCAAAUUCUUCACGAUAAAUAAAACCAAAUAGUCUUCUACCAUUUUCCAAUCUGAGCCUUCGUUUCUGAGAUAUGAAUGAUGGAAGAUAAGGUUCAUGAUUUUUGGGACACCCCUUGUGUUAAUAGCCAUAACCUCAAAAAUAUACAAUUCAAUUAAGAGUUCAUAAAUUAUUUCAGUACAUAAGUUACGUAUAAUGAGGUUAGAAACGCAGAUAAAACUGCAAAUUCUUCACGAUAAAUAAAACCAACUAGUCUUCUACCAUUUUCCAAUCUGAGCCUUCGUUUCUGAGAUAUGAAUGAUGGAAAAUAAGGUUCAUGAUUUUUGGGACACCCCUUGUGUUAAUAGCCAUAACCUCAAAAAUAUACAAUUCAAUUAAGAAUUCAUAAAUUAUUUCAGUACAUAAGUUACGUAUAAUGAGGUUAGAAACGCAGAUAAAACUGCAAAUUCUUCACGAUAAAUAAAACCAAAUAGUCUUCUACCAUUUUCCAAUCUGAGCCUUCGUUUCUGAGAUAUGAAUGAUGGAAGAUAAGGUUCAUGAUUUUUGGGACACCCCUUAUGUUAAUAACCAUAACCUCAAAAAUAUACAAUUCAAUUAAGAAUUCAUAAAUUAUUCUCAAAAUUAAAUAAUUUCAGUACAUAAGUAUAACGAGGUUAGAAACAAUUUUAUAAGUGAAGGCACAGGUGGUGUAGGAAAAUGUUUCCAAAGGUAUAGUGUAUAGUGGGGGCGGAAAUAUAGUGGAAUUAAAUUACCUAUUAUACUUCUACUCUUCUAUAAAGAUCGUAUUAAGUUUUAUCUAAAAACUUAUCGAUAUCUAAAAGGUCGUAAAUCUACAAUUUACUUAACUUGCAACAUAGUUGUACCUUACGCAAACAAUAGUAUCUCCAAAGUGAUCGGAAGACAGCGGACCAAUUACCACGUGUACCAAGUGUACACGUCUCCUAACGGUGUGCUCCAGUUUAUCUGGUAUACAGUACAUCAGUCGUAAGACGCUUGUCGAUGAACGAGCAUGCAUCCCGCGUCUCUAGAUGAUGCACCUUCUUCGCGUUUUCAUCAAUUAAUUACGAAGAUAGAAUUGGGAGCACAGCUCGCAAUUGGACAAAGGGCCUUGGCUACGAGCUUAAAAAACUGACGACGCUGCUCGUCGUUUAAUUGACUUUGUGUCGGCUUUGUUCCUGGAUGCACUCUGCUCGGACUUUUUCACUGCCUCAUAAGGAACAUGACCAUCGUCGGACACUGAUUCCUCCGCGCGACGGCGGAUCGAAAGGAAGAUUGAGUGAAAGCAAGGGAACGAGGCGUUUAUAUGUGCGCGCGAACCACCUGUCGCACCGCGUGACCUAUUUGAAAAAGCGCGGACUAUUCAAAAAUAUAAUUUGGAACUUGCAACUACCAUUACAGACUAUCUGUCCCGAGUAGUAAUGUCAACAGAAGUCUAGCAAAAACCGCAAAGAUAUCAAACGACCAAGGACGAGAAUAAAUUUAAAAAAAGAUAAAAAACCGAGUGCAACGCAUUCUCUAGCCACAAAGACAUUACCAGUCGCUAUCCGUCUUAGCAGUUCUCCGUGGGCAUUGGAACAGGCUGCUGUGCACGUCCACGCUCGGUACAGCCACUGAUAAAUUAGCAAAACUCCAUUGGAAAUGACUUUUACACAUUAGAAGAGAAACUGUAGUUGGCAUACGAAGAGUACGAAUCGGUAACCGCGGCAGCAAGUCAAACAACCAUGGCGAGUGUCGACAGAAAUCUGGAGGAGCUGAUGUCUCAUCUGGGUGAAUUCGGUAAAUACCAGUGUUGGCAGUUCUCUCUGCACAUAAUCGGUGCUCUGACGGCAGGUUUGCAUAUGCUGACCUUGUUGACCGUCGCCGCAGUGCCUCCCUACGAGUGCAACAUCCCAGAAUCCACCUUCCCAAACAUCACAGACCCCAAUACCAACGUAUCCUUAACAGAACUUCCCCGAGCGAUCGACUCGUGCCAUUACUUGGACACCGAAAAUGUCAUCAAAGACUGCGAAUCGUGGACAUACGACACCCGGUACUUCCAGUCAUCCCGUGGGAUGGAAUGGAACUUCGUGUGCUCCCAAAGAUGGAUGGGCGCAGUGGCACAGUCAACCUACAUGUUCGGUGUGUUCUUCGGCGCGGUGACUCUGGGCAGUCUGGCGGAUAAGCAUGGCAGGAAGAUAAUCUUUUACGUGUCCUCCGUGGCCCAGCUGGUCUUGGGAGUAUCAGUGGCCCUGAUCAACAACUACUACUUCUUCCUGGUCAUAAGGUUCCUCUACGGGAUCUUCGGUUCAGCGGGGGCCUACAUAACAGGGUUCGUCCUGACCAUGGAGCUGGUGGGCGCGUCGAAGAGGACCGUCUGCGGAGUGAUGUUCCAGCUGGCCUUCGCUACCGGCUUCAUGCUAGUAGCCGUGUGGGGUGCCGUCAUCAAGGACAGAAUGUGGCUUCAGAUAGUGUACGGACUACACAGCGCGCUGCUGAUAGGCCACUGGUGGCUGAUGGACGAGUCUCCCAGAUGGCUCUGGGCGCAAGGGCGCAUCAGCGAGGCCCUGGUAAUCAUCCGGAAAGGACUGAGGAUGAACGGGAAUAAUGUGGAGAUUGAUACAGAGAAACUGAUCCGCGAAGGGAAAAUGCGCAACACGGAGCAGGAGGACCGUUCAUAUGGGGCUACUGAUCUUUUCAAGACCCCCAAUCUCAGGAAGAAGACAUUGAACGUCUGUCUAAACUGGUUCGCCAACUCCAUAGUGUAUUAUGGAUUGUCUUUGAACUCGGGUAACUUGGUGGGCAAUCCAUUUCUUAUGCUGUUCCUGAACGGUCUGGUUGAGCUGCCUGCUUAUAUUCUGAUCUGCCUGGUAAUGGACCGUACUGGCAGAAGGUGUCUGGUGAGUACCUUCAUGCUGAUCGGCGGUGUGUGCUGCAUCCUUGCCUCCACUAUACCCACCGGCACGGACAUUUCUUCCGCUGUCAUCGUUACCAUGGUUUUAGUCGGGAAAGCCUGCAUAGCUGUCUCCUUCGCAGUCAUCUACAACUACACCGCUGAACUGUUCCCCACAGUGGUCAGGAACACCGCCCUGGGUAUCGGGUCGAUGUGCGCCCGUCUCAGUGGUUCGCUGACCCCACUGAUAAUGCUGCUAGACUCCUUCAAUCCCAAAGUUCCCGCAAUUUUGUUCGGCUUCGUCGCUUUGGUGUCCGGUUUCCUAUCUCUUUACCUGCCAGAAACGGUGAACCAAGCCAUGCCAGAGAGCAUCGAGGACGGGGAGAAUUUCGGCAAACACGAUACUUGCUUCACCACGUGUAUGGGGACGAGAAGGAAAAGCAGUUCUAGUUAUGAAGUUACUAUGGACCAGUUGGGCGAUAAAGAUGAAAAGGAAAAGCUGAAUCAAACGGAAAGUGCGAAAGAGAGUCCGCGUUAAUUUGAAGGAGGAAAAUACCUUAAAUGCAAAUUCUGCCACUUUUAAUCGUGGUAUGACUGCCAUUAUGAUACUGUGGAUUUUUGGUUGGGUACGUUGUAUACUUGCUAAGGUUAACCUAACAAUCAUUCGGAAUCUUGCCACCAGAUGAUGUUAGCACGUUGACUGCCAUAAUGAAAAAUGGCGCAUGUGAUCAUAUACAGCUGAUACAGGGUCAAUUUUUGCAAUUUGUUGUACCAUAUUUCUAUUUAAAUAUUAAAAAUAGUUAGAAGUUCAUUACUUUUCUACUUCAACUAUUUUUCAUGUAAAUAUGACAGUCAACGUGUUAAAUAUUGUUUAGAUUUUAUAUUUAAUUUGGUUUGUGCUCAUUUGUUCUUUCUAUGGAAUUAUUUGGAAAGACUGACUCCAUUCCAAAAUAUAUUUACUAUCAGACUCAAUUAUUUGCUGCACUAAUAGUUUUAUUAAAUACAUAGAAAAAUGAAAGUAUUUGAACUGAAGUGCUUUAAAUUGAGAAACAACGAAUUUUCGAAAUGGAAAAAGAACAUUUUUUCUAUAUAACUUAGUGCACAAUAAAUUAGACAUGUUAGUAAAUUAAGUAUUAAAAGUUAACCACUGUGCCUUAAUGAACAAAAUGAUUUGCUAACCAAUGCACUUGACUCAUGCCACAAUGUUUAUAAUCUACAAAUAUCUACAAAUUGAAAUUAUUGCAGAUAUUAAUAAUUACUUGUUGCAUAUAUUAUUAACAAAUAAUUAAAUAAUUGCGUUGCUAACAAUUACAUCAUUAAUUUUAACUAUUGAUUAUUUAUUUAUAAUAAAAUAUACUUAAUUACCCGAUAAAGUUAAUGUUACAAAACAUUAUAGUGUGCUUAAACAAUAUAAAUUGAUAAACUUCAAUGUUUUACAAAUCUUAAGUCUCGUUUUUAAAUAAUAAGCAAUUAAAGUGUGUGUGUGUGUGUGUGUGUGUGUGUGUGU